GGCAGCUGAGCCGCUUAACGCCUCAUAAAUGGCAAAGGGCUCAGAAACAACAGAGCCUGAGAGCUUCAACCCGACAAACCUGUGGAUUUACAGACCUUUCAGCAUCUAAAACGAGCUGUGGGAAACUUUUUAGGCGCUUUCAGCCACUUGGAACAGCAGACAGAGAACACAGAGAACGGCGGCGGCUCACUGCGCCCGGACACAGAGAGGUGGAGUCUGGACCCACGGCGGCGGGUGAUGCCUCCAGGUUCCCCCGCCAGCCGCCGACAUCCUCCUCACGUCGACCUGGAAGAUGGUGUAGCUGCCUGACGGCCGGUCCAAGAUGAUGGCCUCGGUGGUUGUCGGGGGCAACCGCAAGAAGUCCCUGACUCUGAGAGGCGUGGAUCCGGAGACCUGCAUGAUCGUGUUCAAAAACCACUGGAUGCAGGUGGUGAAGAUCCUGGAGAAGCACGAGCCGAGCCGCAGCGUCUCCAGGGCGCUGGGCUUCCUCUCUGGUAACCAUGGCGGCGGCUCCCGGACGUUCCACCUGGGCCCGAUCCCCGCCGACGAGGCCAGCGCGGUGCAGAACUACGUGGAGCACAUGCUGUUCCUGCUGAUGGAGGAGGAGGCGGGCCAAGGAGGAGCCAUGGGUCCCAUCCUGGAGUUCGUGGUGCUGGAGGGCGUGAUGGAGCGGCUGUUCCUGUGGAGCCUGAGGAGGCAGUUCACGGAGGACAUGAAGCUGGAGCAGCUGCGGAUGUACCAGAUGCUGCUGUCUCAGGCCAGACAGCCUCUGCUGCACCACAAACCGGUUCUGCGGCCCCUCAUGAUGCUGCUCACCUCCUGCGCUGGAGCCGCGACGGACGCCGGCGGCGUGGUGGAGGCGGAGCUCGUCCAGCUGCUCAACCAGCUCUGCGUGGCUCUGGUCAAGGAUCCGUCCGUGCUGGAGCUGUUCUUCCACACCAGUCAGGACCAAGGCGCCGCCAACUUCCUGCUCUUCUCCCUGCUCAUACCGUACACCCACAGGCAGGGUCUGGUAGGCCAACAGGCCCGGGAUGCUCUGCUGCUCAUCAUGUCUCUGUCGGCCUCGGAGCCCCGGGUUGCUCAGCACAUCGCCGAGAACACCUACUUCUGUCCCGUCCUGGCCACGGGUCUGUCUGGGCUCUACUCGUCUCUUCCGGCCAGGCUGCAGGUCUACAGCGAGGACUGGCACUGUCUGGAGGCUGCAGACUGGCAGCAGGUUCCAGCUCUGGUCCACUUCCUGCACUCGUUGGACUUCUGCAGCGCCGUUACCAAGGUGGCUCAUCCCUCCAUCCGCGCCCAGCUGUUGGACUACAUCUACCAGGGCUUCCUCGUUCCUGUUCUGGCUCCUGCCCUCCACAAGCUGACGGUGGAGGAGGUGAUGACCACCACGGCGUACCUGGACCUGUUCCUGCGCUCCAUCUCUGAGCCCGCCCUCCUGCAGACCUUCCUGUCCUUCAUGCUGCUGCACCAACACGACGGCGUCUACGUCCUGGACACGCUGGUCAGCAGGGUCAACACGCCUUUCCAGCUAGGUACCGUGUCUCUGGCUCUGUUCAGAACGCUCAUUGGUCUCUUCUGCGAAGACGUGAUGCUGCAGCUGGUGUUCAGGUACCUGAUUCCCUGUAACCACCUGAGCAGGAGGCAGCGCUGCUCCCUGAAGCAGAGAGACUGUUCCUCCUCCAGCGCCGCCUCCUUCCUGCUCCUCAUGCCCUCCUGGUGCCCGGCGGCCCUCAGCAGCGCGCCUUCCCUCUCCGAGCACAUCCACUGGCCUAAAGGAGCGGAGCUGGCGGUUUCAGACAGCGUUGCCUACUGCCGAGGUUUGGACUUCCUGAUGGACGUGAACUACAUCCAUUACCUGUGGGACGCCCGCCAGGCGAUCUCCAUCUCCUGCAGAGCCUGCAGGUUCUGGUCGGCAGCGUAUGACGGCUUCGACCCCCCGCCUCAGGAGUACCGAUCUGACACACCGGGAGACGACAUAGAAGAUGAGGAGGCGUUCAUGCAGCGAUUAAAGAGUGACUCCAUCUGCUCCGUGGUUGUCCUCCGUCCCCCCUCAGCCCUCUCCCCUACGCCCUCGUCCUCGGAGACCGUCUCCACCAGCAACCAGGCGGGCAGGGCCAGCUCCGCCAUGGAGUUGGAGUGGGACGACAUCUUUGCAGAGGAGGAGCUCGCCUCCUCGUCAGCCAUCUUUAACCCGCCAAACGGAUGUGUGGAGUCGGACCGAUGUAGGCUUUCACCCUUACCUCCGACGCCGCUGCUGCCGCGGCACAUCCAGGAGAUGCGGCUAACUGCGACCAGGCUGGUGCGCGGCGCGUACGUGGAGGAAUCAGAGUUUCAGGACGAUGCCAUCGUCUACGAUCUCGUUGCUCAGAAGGACACCAAGACGGCCAUGUUUGAACGGAUGAAGGCGGCAAACAGACCGCCACGUAAAAACCUCUCAAAAACUCAGCGCGCGCCCUCAGCGCCGACAACUAUGUCGGCGAUGUUAUCGUUGACUGGGAAGACGGUGAUUGAGACGGUCAACAGCAUCAUGUCAACGCGGAGGAGGAGCGAGGACGGAGGGAAGGAGGAGAGGAGUAAGAGUGAGGAGUGUGACGGACCAGCGAGGAGGAAAAGCGAGGGAUUUGAGAACGGAGCGAAGGGAGACGAAAUCAGCGAGACGCACGUUGUCUCCAAUGGCUUUGACGUAAAUAACCACAUCAUCAGCGAAUGUGAUGAUUCUGAUCAAGAAACUGAGGGCUGCGAACAAAACAGCCACCAGAAUGGCGUCCUGGCUUGUAAAAGUUACAACCACACAGCACGCGAGGAGCAGAUGCAUCCUAAAACAGGCCUCACUGCAUAUUUAGAGACGAACAAUAUGACAAACGAUCAUUUACAGCCAGAGUCACAUCGUCUCUUAACAACAAACACCCACGGCCCAAGGCCUCCUGAUGAUCAAAAGAACGACUUCCUGUCCCAAUACUACGAGCUCAUGCUCUCUCUGGGGGCGGAGCCUGACGGCGAUGACAUCACAGACGACAUCGGGACAUUCAGGCGACGUGUCCGAGCCCUGAGGCAAAGACUCGCCGAGGAGGAGGCGCAGCUUAUGUCCGACUUUGGUUUCGGCUCGUCGUGGGAGGAAGCCGAGCAGAGAGGAGAGGAAUCCAUGGACGAGGAGGAAGAGGAGGAGGAGGAGGAGGAGGAAGGCAGCAAGAGACGAGGAGUUCCGUUUACAGGCCCCUUCAUCAGUGUCCUGCUGUCCCGACUGGAGAACCUCCUGGAGAACUCCAUAGCCGUCAACCUGCUGGUGACCGGCAUCCUGGCCCAGCUGGCGUCGUACCCGCAGCCUCUGCUGAGAUCCUUCCUGUUCAGCACGGAAACCCGCGAGCAGCACGGCGUGCGGACGUUGUACCAGGUGUUGGUGUCGGUGCACGCUCAGAUCGAGCGCUACGUGGACGACAGACCUGAAUAUCCCGCUCUGGUCACCCAGGCUUGGAGGUUCUUGCUGGCUAAAGACCAGGAUGGCAAAUUUAGAGAGGCGCUCCAGUCUCAGGGCGGCGACAUCAUCCUGGAUCCGUCGCUACCCAACGGCUCGGUGAGGAACGCCCUGCCUCUGCCUCCUCUCAGUGUCUUGCCCCCUUGCCCGCCCAUCCCCCCCCAGGCCAAGAGCCGCGUGUUCGCCGUCAUUCUGUACGCAGAGUUCCUGAAGGAGCUGGCAGCCAUCGCCCAGGAGCACAGCGUGGCCCUGGACUGCUGCUCAGAGCGGUGAUCCGCUCAUCCACUGACCCAGAAAUCUGACCCUCUAGAGCUCAAGUCCUCUGCUAACGACUACUGAUCAGCUUUUAAACAUUCCUCACAAAUCAACCUGUGAAUUUAUGCAACUCAAGUGGACAACUUGCCAUUUUACUGUAAAUUAUUCUUUGAAAUUCUACAUGUCAACUGUAUUUGUUUUUGCCCUGACAGCACUUGAAAAUGUCUCCCCGUGUUGUAGAUGGAUUAUAUUUAUAAAAUGUUUGGAAGGAGAUUAUUUUGAAGAUGAUUGUCAUAAAAAUCUUUUUUUUAUACAUAUAAAUUUAUGGAAUAUUUGAAAAUAGUUGUCCAUGUUUUCUUACACAUUUGCGCUCAUAUGUUUAUAAAACACAUAA